CUCGCGCUUGUCGCGUUCUUGCUUUGAUGCACCCACUGUGCGCACUGCAAAUAAGACCAGUAUCGUACUUUGAGCUAUCAUCUCACUUGACGUUGCGAAGCUGAGAUCGUCUAAUGUAGACAGUCAUCAUGGCGCCAAAAAAAGAGCCUGUCAUUAGCGAGUUCGAGAGGAAACGCCUCGAGAACAUCGCGGCCAACCAAGCCAUCCUGAAGGGAAUCAGCACGACCGCCGACAAAAUUCUGCCGAAAGCUGCCCCUCCAAAGUCGAAGCGGGCAAGCACACCACGGGCCAAAAGGGAGCCUGUCAAACGAGAGCCACUCCGCCCGACACGGCAGAGCAGCAGAUUGGCGGGCCUCGACGCAGAUGCCGGGGUCCUUAAGAGGAAGGCAGAGAUUGAAGCAGAGGUCGAGGCGGAAAAGGCAAAAGCCAAAAAAAUGCGCGUCAGCGGAGACCUGAGUCUCGAGGAUAUCAAGGUUGAGGGCCGCAAGUGGGAGAACGGGCUUGAUGGGUUGGCUGGGCUGAAGGAUCUUCCCGUCAGGGGCGCGCAGCCUGGUGUGAGGACGUUUACGGACGAGGAUGUGAAAGGGACCACGGAUAAGGGGCUUAAGGACCUGAGGUUACGAAUGAGCGGGCUCAAGCUCUACGAGAAGUGGCCUGUGCAAGACAUCAAAAUCGUGCCGCAGCGAAUUUACGCGAUGGGCUUCCACCCAACAGAAUCCAAGCCGAUCAUAUUCGCCGGUGAUAAGGAGGGCUCCAUGGGCGUGUUUGACGCGUCACAGGAACCUGUCAAAUUGGAGGACGACGAGGACGAAGAGGAAGAGUUCGCCGACCCGGUAAUAUCCGCAUUCAAGACACACUCGCGCACCAUCUCAUCUUUUCAUUUCUCACCUGUCGACGCCAACGCCGUUUACUCCAGCUCCUACGACUCGUCUAUUCGCAAACUCGAUCUCGACAAGGGCGUCUCCACCCAGGUCUUUGCGCCGACCGACGUCGACGAGGACAUGCCCAUCAGCGCGAUCGACAUGCCGUCAAGUGACCCGAACAUCAUUAUCUUCUCAACGCUGCAGGGCUCACUCGGGCGGCACGAUCUGCGCACCAAGCCGGAAAUGGCCGAAAUAUGGAGUCUCACCGAUCAGAAAAUCGGCGGUUUCUCCCUCCACCCGAUGCACCCGCACCUCGCCGCGACCGCUUCACUUGACCGCACCCUCAAGAUUUGGGACCUCCGCAAGAUCCAGGGCAAAGGCACCGCCCGCGCGCCUGCGCUCCUCGGCUCGCACGACUCGCGCCUGUCGGUCUCGCACGCGAGCUGGAGCAGUGCUGGUCACGUCGCGACGUCGAGCUACGACGACAGGAUCAAAAUCUACGCGUUCCCCGACGCGGGCAGGUGGAGCGCGGGGGCCGAGCUGACCGAGGAGCAGAUGCAGCCUGCGCGGCAGGUGCCGCACAACAACCAGACAGGCCGGUGGGUGACCAUCCUGAAGCCGCAGUGGCAGCGCAGCCCGCGGGACGGGCUGCAGAAGUUUGUCAUUGGGAAUAUGAACCGGUUCGUGGAUGUGUUUGCGGCGGACGGGGAGCAGCUGGCGCAGCUGGACGGGGAGGGCAUCACGGCUGUGCCGGCUGUUGCGCACUUCCAUCCAACCAUGGACUGGGUUGCCGGGGGUAACGCGAGUGGAAAGUUGUGUUUGUGGAUGUGAGCGACCUGCAGGAGUAAUGCCAUGUUGAGCGUUGAUAUUGUGGCUUUGUGGGUUCCCGGUUAGACGUGUCAUUGAUGGACGGUGUUGUGCUGGCGGGUUGAAGGACACAUGCUGUUGUUAGCUCAAGACACCGUUUAGAGAAGGUCCAUAUUAUUGCUCAACCAUCCGCUGGACAUAGAACGCAAGAUACCAACAAACGAGUGUGAAGGUU